UAUUAUAAUUUCAGAGAUCACAAUAAUUUAAAUGCUGGUGUUCUUGAUACAUUCAUUUUUAAAUAGCUUGUGUUACAGUCAUACUAAUUAACUUGUUUUCAUAUUUUUCUCUUAUCGUGGCUGUGUUUGAUUUAAUUGGAACCUUUUCGUACUAAUUUAAAUUUUACUGAUGUUUUAAAGUUUUUCCUUGUGGUUGUAUUCAUACAGCCAUAUGGUUUGUUCAUCGACUGGUGCGUGAAGUUCAUGGCUGCAUAUUCUAUUCUAAAUUUGCAGGGAUUAUUUACUCUCGGGCAAUUGCAUCUUGCAGAUAUAGUCCUCAGCACCGCGCAAUUGUCGACCUACGGAGAAAAAAUGCCGAAAGAAAUAAUACGUUCAUAAAGCCCUCACACAUAUCUACCGUAUAUAUGCGCUGCAUACUUUAUGGACGGUUGCAAGCCACUGCAUACACUAUGAACAUGAUGGUUAUACUAUAGUGUGUGUCGUGUCAAAAGCUGCAUCUCAGUGCCGGCAGCUUUUAAGUUGCAAGAUCAGUUGAAGCAGCUUUUCUCCUCGGCGAGAUUGUAAUUCUUUCCUUCCUGUAUAAAAUCUGUUGUGCGAUCUGUUGUUGUAUAAAGCAUAAGAUUUUCAACGGCAUAAUACCCCCAUUAAACUGUUUGCCCGCACUGAUCUGAGACUGGAUGCGGCGGAGCAAUCAAUAUGGCCGUAUAUGGCGCAAUCACUCCUUGCUAAGUGCUUUCCUCACGAAUGGUCAAACAGCUAUUCCAAUCACUGAUCUGGAGCAACUUGGUAGUUGUGCGUUUUAUUAGCAUUAAGAGUGCCGAAUUUUAUCCCUGAACGCUCAACAGUGUGAACACAACAUCAGUACUAGUUUCUGUGGGUUUUAAUACUGUGUCAGAAUUCCUGGUCUGCCCUUAAAAAAUUGGAUUCUUUAAUAUUUUUACCGGCAGCCGAAACCUUGAUAUCGAAGCAUGAACCACAAGUCGCCGGGCAGGAUUUGAAAUUCUGGCCUGGAACGAUCUGUCAGUGGUUUUCUCAUGCGCAUAACCACACAUGUGGAUGGAUAACGCUUACAACUGAAGAAACGGACAGCAUUUUGCUUUACCGGAGAAACCGGCUUAUUAGGUUUACCGGGUUAAACCAUCAAGAAUGAUCAACAAUUCAUUGUCUUAUAACCUGCUUAUCCCACUUUCCGAAACUGGAUUGCUAUAAUUCACUCAAUCUCCAUUAAUUCCGCCACUGGUUGGAUCAGCUAUAUGCGAGUGAGCGGAAACUGUGUGCUUCUACAAGAUCUAUCAGCUUCAAUUUAACUGCACAUUAAUUCCCUGGCACCGCGACCAUGCGCUUUCUCCGGAAGACCGCAUACUUAUCUCCCUCAAAGUUCGGUCGCAUUUUCAUCGCCGUCCUGCUCAGUACAAUGUGCGUAAUGGGUUUAAAGUCAUUUCUCUCCCUUGAAGAAAUCAGCGCCAAGAAAGCCGUGAUUGUCCCGCGCAACACCAGCGAUCAAUCAAGCGAAUUACAGCUAAAUGACGACGCCCCGCCAUCAGCACUGAAGACGCCGAAUGAGGAAGAAAUGCAACUGGCCGGAAACGAUCUGAUGGACAAAAUUAACGGGGCGGAUGCCAAUGAGGCCCUGUAUCCGGGUUGGCGGGAAGAAGACGACGAGCGACAUAACCCAACGCUCACUGCAGCACAGCCAUCCAUUAUGGAGGAGGAGAGCGUGAAAAAGAAGAAAGUGGAUGGUCGGUUUCUGUCUCAGGGACAGUUUAUUCGACCAUUUCCUGGGAUGGACAUUAAUUCCGAACCACCGCGCCCUCUUACUUCUUUUGAGGCGUUCCAAACUAAACCGCCGCCGCCCACACCCGUUCCACUGGCCUCGGGGCAGGAACUGCUUCAUGGACCAGCUGCCACCCGCGCACCCAUUCCGGCAGUCGAAGUGUAUGCACAGCAAGGAGUUACGCUUCCGUCUGGUCCCGUUGGAAACGCUCAUACGAAUCCGCCAUGGCCGGGAAUGCAGCUGAACCAACAAAUGAGUUUCCAGCCUGGUACCUUUACCUUAAAACCGUGGAUUGUUCAGCAACUUCAGCAGCGAGGAGAUGUUCCACAAAAUCAAAACCAGUUGGUAUCUCAGCAGCCACAGUUUAUAAAUACCGCCAGCAACAUGCCCGGACUGCCGGGCAUUGUGCAGGCCGUCCAGACCGGUUUCCAACCUCCCCCGCCUCCACCCAAUUACAAUCCGAAUUUCCGAAUCCAAGAACGUGUUGUGCAUUUCGAUCUGAAAGGCGCGCCUUUCAAGUUAUCUUACUAUAAAGAAGUCUUUCCCUUGAUACGCAAACUGGGUGGAACGGGUCUGUUAAUGGAGUACGAGGACAUGUUCCCCUAUUCAGGACGCUUUAAAGUGGCUAAUGCGGGCAAUGCUUACACAAUCAGUGACAUCCAGCAGAUUAACCGGUUGGCAGAGGAGAACGAGUUGUACGUAAUUCCAUUGGUACAAACGUUUGGGCACUUGGAAUUUGUGCUGAAACACAAGGAGUUUAAACAGUUCCGCGAGGUCGAAGCGUACGCGUCAGCUGUUUGUCCUACGAGAAAUGGAACACUGGAUCUCGUAACGGAAAUGGUUGAGCAAAUGCUUCAUUUGCAUCCCAAUGCAACCUAUUUACACAUUGGAGCCGAUGAGGUAUAUCACUUGGGUCAAUGUCCGGUUUGUCGAGCGCAGACGCAAAAUAAUUAUUUUAUUGGACGGCAGAAUUUAUUCCUCUCACAUGUGGCUCAGGUUUUGCAUUUCCUGCGAACGAAAUAUCCACAUAUUCGUCCUAUCAUGUGGGACGACAUGUUCCACAAUAUGCACGAGGACACUAUCCGAAAUGGGCUGGGUGAUCUCGUUAAUCACGUAGAAAUCAUGAUCUGGAGCUACUUUACAGAGUGGACCAGACAUCUCCCACGAAACGGUGACCUAUAUGGUCCAGUUUUCCCGAAUAUCUGGGGUGCUACGGCAUUCAAGGGUUCUGACGGGGAAAGUCGACAAAUGCCGGACGUCAAGACACAGCUGGAGAUCCACACCUCUUGGAUCGAGGCACUGAAGGUCAACGGCUACAAGCUGCAAAAUUUCCGUGGAAUUGUGCUUAGCGGUUGGUCGCGCUAUGAUCAUUUCUAUCCAUUAUGCGAAUUAUUUCCUCUGGCGGUUCCGUCAUUAGCCAUCAAUCUGCAAGUUUUACUGACCGGCGAAUACAACGUGCCCGUCAUUGAGCAAGUGGCAAAGAUUCUGAGCUGUGAUACGAUAAGAAUUUCCACCGACUUUUUAACGUUUGAUCCAACUGCUGAACAGUUUAACACCUGCCAGUUUCCGGGUGUGGACGUCUUCCGCGUCGUACAUCUGGUUGAGGGAAUACGCAAACCGGUUAAGGAUUUUCUGGAAGAACUGACCAACCGUUAUCCCGAAUACCAAAUGCGACAUCAGUACAUGCAGAUCUGGCGCGGAGAGGAGCAAAUCAACAAGAUCAACAGUUACCUGUACCUGUAUACCGGCUAUCUAAGCCGAGCGAAAGACGCCUUCCUACAAGUGUACGACGAAAAUACGCUCAACGAAUGGAUCGCCGGCAGUGUCGAUCCAUCCAUCAAAAAGUUAACUGCCUGGAGAACCAUAUUCGAAUCAGUGAUGAAUAUGGAGGAGUGGCAGUCCCGCCCGCUGAACAUUCCGACGUUACCCCCACCGGAACUGCCCAGCACCACCCUCCCGCCGAUCAAUCCAUUCUUCCCAGGCUGGAACCCACCACAGCCCUUAAUACCGUUGCCGGGAAGUUUGCCGCAGUUCGGCAACAAUUCCGUGCCGAACGUUUUACCACCACAGCCACAUUUGCAACGGCAAGUCUCCGGGCCAAUCCCAGUGCAAAUGCCUCUUGCGCUCAAUCAACCCUUGUUUCAACCACAUUGGGCCAAUAAUGUCGGUGGCCCAAAUCAGUCUUUCGUCGAUGUGCGUCAACCGCAAGGUCCGCAACUGUUCUUUGGGAAGUAAUAACGGUACCAACCUGUUUAGAUGACGUCUGUGUUUAGCUGAUCUCUAAUAUUGCGAAUCGCCCGAGCGAGCAGCUGGUUGUUCAUUCUGGGUUACGGUGCUUUUGAUCUGUGAUAUACUGACAAUACUUAACCCGUUUUCAUUCUUUUAUCUGUUGAUGGUUUGACUGCCCAAAUAAAUUUUGGUAAAAGU